AUGGCACAGGUCAAGAAAGCCCAACCCUUCAAGAAAGCCCUCUACUUCUCAGAAAAUGAGUUCAAAGACCGUCAACAGCGAGCUUUGCAGCUCAUGGAGCGGGAGAAUCUCGAUGGCUUCCUCAUGACAAAACAAGAGUCACUCUACUACUUGACCGGCUUCGAUACCUUUGGCUAUGUCUUCUUUCAAGCUAUGUACUUCCACAAGGAUGGCUCCAUGCGGUUGAUCACUCGAAUCCCGGAUUUGCGCCAGGCUCUCUACACCUCCAUUUUGGAUCAGAAGGAUAUCCUCAUCCGAUCUGACGACGCCGGAAGCAACCCCGUGUCCCUAGUGCCCAAAGUCCUGCAGCAAUUCGGAAUCAACUCACCAUCCAAGCGAAUCGGCUAUGAGCCUGACUCCUGUUCCUUGACACAUCGUUUGGGAAAGGCACUGGAAGAAGCUGUGAACGGUCUUUGCACGUUGGUCGACCACAGCGAUCUGUUCACCCGGGAGCUUCGCAUUGUCAAAUCAGAAGCCGAAAUGCGCAAGGUUCGAAAGGCCGCUUAUCUCGCCGAUUUUGCCCUCAUCCGUACCCUCAAGCUGGCAAAACCUGGGGCCUACGAAGGCGAUCUGUGGCGGGAGAUUGUAGGCACAGUCUACGAGGGCGGCGGGGAUGAUCCUGCUAAUGAGAACAUCCUCGUCUCGGGCAACAAGGCCGUUCUCACUCGCUAUUCGACGGGCAAAGAUAAGAUCGAUCGACAGCUCACCCUCGAGCACGCCGCAGCAUACAAGCACUAUCAUGCGUGUCUGAUGCGCACGAUUCCCAUUGGUGGCAUCACCAAGCUAGCGCGAGAUAUGCACCGGGUCAAUAUACUUCAAAUGGAAGCAGCUAUGGCGGCCCUCAAACCAGGCCGAGAAAUUGGCGACGUGUUCGAGGCUUAUGCUCGUGUUGCGGACGAGAACGGCUUCCGGGACCAACGCUUCAACAGCUGUGGCUAUAGCUUGGGUGCGACUUUUUCCCCUACCUGGAUGGAUUUCCCCAUGUUUGUGCGCGGCCAGAAUGUGGUGGCGCAGCCGGGAAUGGUGUUCUUUAUCCAUAUCAUCCUGAUGGAUAAGGCCACUGAUACUGCCAGUUCGAUCGGUCAGACUGUGGAAGUUACUCAGGAUGGAUGUGUUGCGUUGUCCAAGCUGCCUUUCUGUCUUACACGGAGACAGACUAUUGCGGCUUGGAAGAAGAUUCGAAAAGAGGACUACGGGUUCACCAAUGAGGAGAUCGAUGAUGGGGAGAACCUGCAAGAUGUCGAGCUCAGCGAUGGGGAUGUUGAUGAGGAGGACUAUGACGUUGAGUACGAUUUCAGUGACUAUAAGCCCGCAGCUGCGCUGGGAGACCCGACUCGGAGUGCUUAG